UAGAAGCGGCACUAGUUCGUUUGGUGGAUCCCUUAACGCGCUUCUUCUUCUUCUUCUUCUUUCGCGAGAAAACCUAGAAACCCUUUUCAUUUCGUUCUCUUCUACAAUCCGACAUGGAUCUUGAGGCUGAGAUCCGCGCAUUACAGCUUGAUUCGGCAGAUGAAAACAAUGGUGUUGUCAUUCCAGAAGAUCAUAACUCAGAUGAAGUUGAGAAUUUGGAUAAAGCACCAGAAGAAGACUUGAAAGAUGAUGUGCAAGAAUCUGUCCCAGUUCCUGAUGAGCAACAAGCUUCUGAGGAUCAUGAUGAAGUAAUGCUUCAUCCAGUCCAUAACCCAGCGAAAGCUAAAGAGAAAGCUGCUCAAGACAAGGCUGCCAAAGAGGAAGCUGAAGAUGAAGCAGAAGCAAAUAAAAAGAGACACUUGAAUGUGGUGUUCAUUGGGCAUGUUGAUGCUGGUAAAUCCACAAUUGGAGGACAGAUUCUUUAUCUUAGCGGUCAGGUGGAUGAACGACAAAUCCAAAAGUAUGAGAAAGAAGCAAAAGAUAAAAGUAGAGAAAGCUGGUAUAUGGCAUAUAUAAUGGAUACAAAUGAAGAAGAGAGGCUCAAGGGUAAAACAGUUGAAGUUGGAAGGGCACACUUUGAAACUCAGAGCACUAGAUUCACCAUUUUGGAUGCUCCGGGGCACAAGAGUUACGUACCCAAUAUGAUUAGUGGAGCAUCUCAAGCUGACAUCGGUGUGCUGGUGAUUUCAGCUCGAAAAGGUGAAUUUGAAACGGGAUAUGAGAGGGGUGGGCAGACACGUGAACAUGUUCAACUUGCCAAAACAUUGGGUGUUUCAAAGCUGAUUGUUGUUGUGAACAAGAUGGAUGACCCAACUGUGAACUGGUCGAAAGAAAGGUACGAUGAAAUAGAACAAAAAAUGGUACCGUUUUUGAAGGCCUCUGGCUACAACACAAAGAAAGAUGUUGUCUUCUUGCCUAUAUCUGGUCUAAUGGGCAAAAAUAUGGACCAGAGGAUGGGUCAAAAUGUUUGUCCUUGGUGGAGUGGCCCUAGCUUUUUUGAAGUCCUUGACUCUAUUGAAAUUCCUCCACGGGAUCCUAAUGGUCCAUUCAGGAUGCCUAUUAUCGAUAAGUUCAAGGACAUGGGAACUGUUGUUAUGGGAAAAGUAGAAUCUGGCAGCAUUAGGGAGGGUGAUUCCUUGGUUGUUAUGCCGAACAAGGAACAUGUGAAAGUUGUUGCUAUAUAUUGCGAUGAGGAUAAAGUUAAGCGUGCAGGACCGGGUGAGAAUUUGAGAGUUCGUAUUACUGGCAUUGAAGAUGAGGACAUCCUUGCUGGUUUUGUUUUAUCCAGCAUUGUUAACCCUGUCCCUGUUGUUACUGAGUUUGUUGCCCAACUACAAAUCCUUGAGCUUCUUGACAACGCUAUUUUUACAGCUGGUUACAAGGCAAUUCUCCACAUCCAUGCGGUUGUCGAGGAGUGUGAGAUUAUUGAAUUGAAAAGCCAAAUUGAUCUCAAGACAAGGAAACCAAUGAAAAAGAAAGUUUUGUUUGUGAAGAAUGGUGCUGCUGUUGUGUGCCGCAUCCAGGUUACGAAUUCAAUUUGUAUUGAAAAAUUCUCGGAUUUCCCUCAACUUGGAAGAUUCACUCUACGAACCGAAGGAAAAACAAUUGCGGUUGGAAAGGUUACUGAGCUCUUAAGUGCUGCCUCAAGCGCUUGAUCCAAAUUUUGCGAGAGAAAAGGAGACGGCUUUCGGGUUGCACCAAGAGGGAGAUUAGGAAAACGCUUCAUGAAUGAUGAUUCGGACUAAGAAAUCUGAGUUCCCUAAAACCCAAGUUCUAAUACCCUUUUUUUCAGUGCACAGUUGAGGUUUGAGAUUUACAAGCUGCGGAGAGGUGUAACCUGAGACCGGUUUUCUUUAUAUUUUAAUUCUAGAGAGAGAAUUAUGAUGAACUUGAGUGAGAGUUUUCUUUUCUUUCAAGUUAAAUUUACAAUUAAUACGACUACCUCCC